GGGGACCUCGGACCAAUCAGGCUCUAGCCAUCAAACACCAAUUCUUGAUCGAUCAAAUCAACAGUCGAAGUAUGUCUUGGAACUUCAAAGAUUUGGUUCCUCAAAGAGAUUCAUUCUCUGAUUUAUCUCUAGAUUCAUUGAAUAGCUUAUUGAAUGAUUUCAAUCUCUUUGUCUCUCUGUCGGUCUCACUCUCUCAAGACUCCACUCAAUCUAGUUCUCCAGACUUCAAUCGAUCUCCAACUCUCCAAGGUGCAGUCUAGAUGGCGUGGUUAUUGAUCAUCUCUUCUGUGAUAGUAAUAUGGAUAGCUUCUCUGCUCAAAAUCCUCCAUGGUUCAUACUCACCUUCCAAGGGCGCUUUCUUGAAUGAUUCUAAUAAUGGUGGCGGUGCCAAGAAGAAAAAAGUGUUGCUGGUUGUUGCCCACCCAGAUGACGAGUCCAUGUUCUUCACUCCAACAAUAAACUACCUCACUUCGAGAGGGCAUAAUAUUCACAUCUUAUGCUUGUCAGUUGGCGAUGCAGAUGGUAAAGGAAAUACUAGAAAAGAUGAGCUCUACAGGGCUUCUGCAACGCUCAAGGUUCCACAUGCCCAAGUCAAGAUUCUGGACCAUCCAGAUCUUCAGGAUGGUCUUGGCAACAUGUGGAACCACAAUUUAGUGGCGAAGAUUAUUGAAGAUGAAGUCAUAAGUCAUGGCAUUAACUUGAUACUUACUUUUGAUAAUUAUGGAGUUUCGGGACACUGUAACCACUGUGAUGUGCAUUAUGGUGUAAGCAGGAAGCUUUUAAAUGCAUCGUCACAGAGGAAUAUUGAAGCCUGGGAACUUGUCAGUACAAACAUAUUCCGCAAGUAUAGUGGACCAGUGGAUAUAUGGUUGUCCAAUAUAUAUUCCAUGCAAUGCUCAAAUGAAAUGUUGCAUUGCUUGGUAAAUGAGCAACCCCGAAAGAGCUUCCGGGCGAUGGCACAACAUGCAAGCCAAUGGGUUUGGUUUCGCAAGCUUUUUGUGGCAUUUUCCAGUUGCACCUAUGUGAACAUGCUUAGAAAGAUGAAGUAGCUUCUAAGAUCCUGUACUUGUGUUUUGGUUGGCCAGCAUAUUGUUGGAAUCCUGAAGGAGUUCGAUUAGCUGAAUUUAUUCUGGAUAAUUACAUCUAUCGGUGGUAUCUUAAUUUGCACCUUUACGGUUCAGGUAAGGACUUCAUUUGAAACUUCAAAAAACCACUCCCAGUUGCGCACUGCUGUAAAUCUUGCAUUCCUCUAUUCUUUUUUUCUUUUGGCAAAGAAAUCA